AUGAAGUUCCUUGCUAUUUCCGCUGUUGCCGCCAUCUGUGCUCACAUGGUUCUUGCCGUUCCCACUGUGAACACUAAUGCUGACGUUGUAGCUCAAAAUGUUGGUGUUCAUGCUGGUAUGGUUGCCGUAUCUUCCUUCGAGGUCAACAAGAAGGACAAGGACGAGGAUUCUUCCGAAGAUGAUGAAAUCUCUGAGGCUGCUGAAGAAGCUGAACAUGAGGAAAAGAUGGCCUUGAUGAAGCAAGCCAAGGAGGAAGCCGAAGAAUUACAAGCUGUUGAGGAGGAGGCUGAGAAAGAAGCUGAAGAACUCGACGAAACCGAGGAAAAAGCUGAAAAUGAGGCCCAAGAGUUUGAAGAAGAACAAGAGCCUGAAGCCAAGGGGUUGGAAGAAGAGAAGGAGAGUGAAGACAAGGAGUUGGAAGAAGAACAAGAGCGCGAAGCCGAGAAAGAGGCAGAGCAGCUUGAGAGCGAAAAGGAAUUGGAACUCGAGGAAGCUGAACUUGAGAAAGAAGCUGAAGAAGCUGAACUUGAGAAAGAAGCUGAAGAAGCUGAACCUGAGAAAGACGCCGAGGAAGAGACUGAAAAGGGCACCGUUGAUGACAAGAACUAG